CCACCUCUCUACACUACCUUUCAAACACAGUCUUUCUCAUCCAUCGAGAACUUCUCCCUGUGUAUAUAUAUACACCUUGUAUCUAUCUCCCUCCUCACAUUCGCAUUCUCAUUCUCGUUAACCCUCCUCAUGUCUAGACAAAACGAACUGUACUAAGCAGUAAGCUCACAGUAUUGUAGUUGGCACCCAUUAAUACAACUCCAGGUUAAGGUUGAUAUCUAACAGAUAUAAAUAUAGUCGGUGAUCGGAAGAAGAAAAACAGAAAGAGAGAGAGAGAGGGGAAUGGCGACUGAUAAGGUGGCGGAGACAGUGAUAGUUGGAAACUACGUGGAGAUGGAAACUGAAGGGAAGCCAAGGGACAUUAAGUCAAGAGUUUCCAAGUUUUUCUGGCAUGGCGGAUCUGUUUAUGAUGCCUGGUUCAGUUGUGCUUCAAAUCAGGUGGCGCAAGUGUUGCUUACACUGCCAUAUUCAUUUUCCCAGCUGGGAAUGGUUUCGGGGUUAAUCUUCCAACUCUUCUAUGGCUUAAUGGGUAGCUGGACGGCUUAUCUGAUCAGCAUACUCUAUGUAGAAUACAGAACAAGAAAGGAAAGGGAGAAAGUAGAUUUCAGAAACCAUGUUAUCCAGUGGUUUGAAGUUCUUGAUGGUCUUCUUGGAAAGCAUUGGAGGAACGUGGGUUUGGCAUUUAAUUGCACUUUUCUUCUGUUUGGAUCUGUCAUUCAGCUCAUAGCUUGUGCAAGCAACAUAUAUUACAUAAAUGAUAAUCUGGACAAGAGAACUUGGACAUACAUAUUUGGGGCUUGUUGUGCCACCACAGUGUUUAUCCCUUCAUUUCACAACUACAGAAUCUGGUCUUUUCUUGGUCUCUUGAUGACUACUUACACUGCUUGGUACCUCACCAUUGCCUCUCUCCUCCACGGCCAGGUUGAGGGAGUCAAGCACUCAGGUCCGACCAAGCUUGUGUUAUAUUUCACUGGGGCCACAAACAUUCUCUAUACAUUUGGGGGACAUGCUGUCACUGUGGAGAUAAUGCACGCAAUGUGGAAGCCACAGAGGUUCAAGGCAAUAUACUUGUUGGCUACAGUGUAUGUGCUCACACUGACACUCCCGUCUGCCGCAGCCGUUUACUGGGCAUUCGGAGACAUGCUUCUAAACCACUCCAAUGCUUUUUCUCUUCUCCCAAAAUCACCUUUCCGAGACAUGGCUGUCAUUUUGAUGCUCAUCCACCAGUUCAUAACAUUUGGAUUUGCAUGCACGCCCCUGUAUUUUGUGUGGGAGAAAGCAAUCGGCAUGCACGAAUGCAAGAGUCUGUGCAAGCGAGCAGCAGCUAGAUUGCCUGUGGUCAUCCCCAUCUGGUUCCUCGCCAUCAUCUUCCCUUUCUUCGGACCUAUCAAUUCCACCGUCGGAUCUCUCCUCGUCAGCUUCACCGUCUACAUCAUCCCCGCCCUGGCCCACAUCUUCACCUUCAAAUCAGCCGCCGCCCGCGAGAACGCAGUUGAGCAGCCACCAAGAUUCGUAGGUCAAUGGGUUGGGACGUACACGAUCAAUAUCUUCAUUGUGGUGUGGGUACUGGUCGUUGGGUUCGGAUUCGGUGGGUGGGCGAGCAUGACAAACUUCAUACACCAGAUCGACACGUUUGGAUUAUUCACCAAGUGCUACCAAUGCCCUCCUCCGUCAUCGUUGACUCACCACCAAAACGGCACCGUUGCGGCGGCACCUCCGCCGCUCCACCACCUCGGGAACCACACUCGCGGCCUUUGAUUCCGACACACCAACAAUUGUUAGUGCCAGGAUGAAGUGGAGUCAAGCGCGUUUGGAGAUGCAGAGUAAGGGUUUUUAGCAUAGAGAGGUUGUUGUGCAUUUUAAGAGGAAGAGAAAAAAGGGUUGUACUAGAUUGAAAAGAGAAACAGAGAAGAAGAAUUUGUACUUUUUUUCUUUUUUAAAUCUUUGGAGUUAAAAUGCUUAAUCACUCAAAUCUAUAUAAUGGAGUUAAUAUUUGGGUGUUACA